CACUGUCUAGUUUUCGUACAGUGGGGCGGGUCGGCAAACAGUAACGAUAACUGCCAUAAAUAGAACCGGCGGUAACUCAUUUAGUAGUUAAUUUAUUCUAACGUUGAGUAAAGAGUUGCUAACAUGCUAACGGUGUAAAACCUCGUCGUCAUAGUCUGACGUUUAUCCGCCUGUUAGCUAGACGCUAACCGCUGCCCGUUCAGACGGUUGUGUGUUUAUUGUUUUACUGAAUAUUCAUUGUUAUACUACCAUAAAGGACAGCUCUGAACGUGUCUCUUAUUUGGACUUAGUAACGCAACGUGACUACACUAACAACAAAACGUGUUUGGCUUCUUUCAGCCAAGUGACAACAUGGAGCGGGACCUGACUGGUACCUGUACGGUUCGACAGGCAGGACAUGGACCUGAGCUCCGCUCCCUGUUCACAGCCGGCAGAUAAAACCUUCGUGUAUCUGUGGACCUGCACUCGGUUCCAGCAGGAGCAGGUGGAAUGGACCGACCUGAAUAAACUGCUCCAGCACCAUGGCUUUAAACCGGUUCAGUUUGCAGAUCCCGUCCAGAAUAAGAACCUUUCAGAUUUGGUUCUCCUGGACCGGAGAUCAGCUGCUGAGGUCCGGUCCACUCUGAGGACCAUGCUCACAGACUCUGAGAGGAGACAGGUUCUGAUUCACGAGCUUGUAAGGUCCAACAACCAACUCAAACAGGACGCUCAGGAGCACAUGAGUCGAGCUGUUCAACAGUCUCAGAGAGCAGCCAAGCUGGAGGGGCUGCUGGACCGGGUCAAGACCAGGGUUCAGGACCUGGAAGACCGCUACCUCAGCAAGGCUGGGCAGGAGUACCAGCCACAGCAGGCAAAACAGGAUGCACAGAAACUGUGUGAGGUUCUGCAGCAGAAACUGUUGAAGCAGACAGAGGAGAAUGCUCAGCUGCAGAGAAAACUUUAUUUCGCCGUCAAAGAGGAAGAGAAUCGAUUAGCUCGGCAGAGUCGGGCCAUUCAGAACAUCUGCAAGAACGUCAGCGGACACAGCUCUGCAGCAGACCAGCAGUUGCUGGAUGUCAUCGACUUCUAUGAGACUAAGCUGACUCUGCUACUGGAUGAGCUCAGGCCGACACUGAGAGAUGAGAAUUUCUACAAACACAAACUGGGUCAUCUGAGAUUAAACCAACCCAAUGAUACAAGGUCAGACGGCAGAACACCUGAGAGUGAUGAAGACAUUGGUGACCCAGUCAGAGAUGCUAGGUUCUGUUCUCAGUAUCACUAUCUGCUGACUGAGAUCAGUUCGGUGGUGACUGGGUCCAGUGCUCCAUUACAGCUGCACAGACAGAAACCCUCUGUUGGUGUGGACCUGGCUGGGUUCCAGAGUUUGGUCCCCACAGUGAAGAUGUGGGCUCAGCAGUUGAACCUGCUGAAGGAGCUGCAGCAUGGUUUGGAUAAACUGGCUGUCAGACUGGUGCCCUGGCAGCCUCCGGACUCUGGGGCCAGUUCUACAGAAGCUGUGAAGGUGGAGGACAUGAUGGUGCUCGUAGACUCGCUGCUGGAAAACACCUGCACUGGUGAUGAUCAGACUGGGAGGAGUCCGACACCAUUCACUCUGGGCUCCAUGGUCUCUCACUUCCAGAAACUAUUUGACGUCCCUUCCCUCAGCGGUGUCUACCCUCGUAUGAAUGAGGUCUACACCAGGCUGGGGGAGAUGACUACAGCCAUGAGGAACCUCCGAGACGUUCUGGACCUAGACAGCCGGGUUCCUCCUGCUGAGGUGGUGAACACAGUGUCGUCGCUGGUGUCCUCCACUAAACGCUCUGCUGGGCUCCGAGAUGUUCUGGUAGACUCUGACAUUGAAAGUAUCCUUGUUAAAGUGAAGCAGCAUGAGGAGUUCUUCCCAGCUUUCCAUGGCCUCGCGACAGAGCUGUUACACACUCUGGGAGUCUGUCGUUUGGGUGACAUCCUCCCAGCUCUGAAGUCUCUGAAACAAAGAGCUCAGUGACUGUGUCUCAUGGUUUCAGCCUCCUCGCUGGUAGAUGUGAUGAUCGUAGUGACUCUGUAGUUUUAAUAAAAUCUCUAAUCUAUGCAAA